AUGGCGGAAGAGAACCCAUUUGCACAAAAUCAAGUCGUCGCUGACACUUAUCAUCCCUUGUACCUAAGUCCUUCAAACAAUCCUGGAAUAAACCUGGUGUUUACUCUGUUUGAUGGGACUGGAUAUGCAGAUUGGCGAAAGUCCAUGCUAAUUUCAUUAUCGGCUAAGAACAAGCUGGGACUAAUCAACGGAAGAUUUUCUAAACCUAGAAAUGAUUCUCCUUAUUUUGAGCUUUGGAUACGAUGUAAUGAUAUGGCGAUGGCCUGGUUGUUGAAUUCUUUAACAAAAGGAAUCAGAUCCAGUGUUCUGCACUCUAAUUCAGCCAGGGAUCUUUGGAAACAUCUUGAGGACAGGUAUGGCCAAUCUGAUGUAGCUCAGUUGUUUAGCCUGCAAAGGAAAUUAUUAGAAACUACAAAAGGUUCUAAUGACAUAGCAACAUAUUUUAACAAUAUGAAAGCAAUAUGGGAUGAAUUAAAUGCACUGGAUGCAAGAAGGGAAUAUAUGAUGAUGAUCCCUGUACCAACCAUUGACAAGGCCUACUCUCUUCUUCUUCAAGAAGAAAGGCAGAGAUCUAUACAACCUGCAAUGAUAUCACCUAUGGAUUCCAGUUCUUUUAAUGUUUCUACACAGAAGUCUGGACAAUAUACUGGACAAGGAAGAAUGAACUUCAAUGUGACUGCUGGAGGAGGGAAUAAGUAUAAUCUAGCAAAGGGAAAUGACAAAAGGAAUAUGUUCUGCUCUUACUGCCAAAGACCUAGGCACACAAUAGAAAGAUGUUUCAAAAUUCAUGGUUAUCCAACAGGUUUUAAGACAAAUAUGCAAGGAAAUAAGCCAAGAAAAUUUCAAAGCUCAAAUUUUAUACAAGGAAAUGCAGUGUCCACAGAAGAAGAUGUUAUUGAUAUGCAGGAAAACUCAAACCAAGGAACUCAAUAUAACAGUGUCUCACCAAGUGUUGUGAGAAUAAGUCAGGAUCAAUAUUCUCAGCUUAUGGAACUCUUACAACAGGUCAAAAUUGGUCAACAAGCUGCUUCAACUUUUGAAGUCAAUGUAACUGCUAAUUGUGCUGGUAUAGCUCCUAUUUUACCCUCUUUACUCCUUGAUAAGUCUUUCAUCCACUCAUGGAUCCUUGACUCAGGUGUUUCUGAGCAUAUGACCUUUGAUAAGUCCAUUCUGUUUGACAUCAUAGCCCUCACUCAACCUUUAAUUGUUAACCUACCAAAUUCUUUCAAAAUCAAAGUCACUCAUGCUGGAAGGGGCCUUCCCUCGAAGAGGCCUUUGGAUCUUGGUAGACUCAGUAAUGGACUCUACAUCUUACGAACAAAACACUACCCUUCUGGAUAUUCAGCCAAAGCAGACAAUACUAAUUCCCUAUCUGCUGCAGAUAUUAGUGUUAACUCUUCAAUUCAUUCUAUGUCUAAUUCUGUUGAUUAG